AUGGCGACCGACUACAAGACCUUGGCUGGCGAUGACUUUGAUCGCACCGCAUUCGACUCCCUCAUUCGCCGCAAGCUCUUCUACUGGCAGUCGUUCGAGCCUUAUGGUGCGACCAAGGGUCUCUUCGAUUAUGGCCCGCCCCUCGAGAUUCUGGAAAAUGAAGUUCUGAACAUCUGGAGAGACCACUUCAUCCGCACAGAGCAAAUGAUGGCAUUGAAGUGCUCAAUGCUUACUCCUUAUCCUGUGCUCAAGGCUUCCGGCCACGUCGACAAAUUCGCGGACUACAUGUGCAAGKACCCUAAGAAUGGCGAGAUUCUCCGAGCAGACCAUCUGAUCAAAGAUGUCAUUGAGACUCGCCUGAAGGGUGAUCGCGAGGCUCGCGGAGAGAACGUGAGUGAUGAGCCAGAGGACCCGAAGAAGAAGAAGAAGGCUUCCAAAGUCUCCAAGACUGCCGUCAAGCUCGAUGAGAGUGUAAAGCAGGAGUACGAGCACCUUCUGGCUAACCUGGACGACUGCACUGGCGAUGACAUGGGUGCGUUGAUCAAGAAACAUGACAUUCGCAAUCCUACCACCGGCAACGAGGUCGAGCCUCCAGUCUCCGUCAAUCUGAUGUUCCAGACUCAGAUCGGUGCCUCUGGAAAGGAACCUGCAUUCCUCCGCCCGGAAACUGCUCAGGGACAAUUCCUCUCGUUUCCAAAGCUGCUUGAGUACAGCGAUGGACAGUUGCCCUUUGCUUCUGCGUCCAUUGGAUACUCCUUCCGCAACGAGCUCUCCCCUCGUUCCGGACUGCUGCGAGUGCGCGAGUUCAUCAUGGCUGAGAUCGAGCACUUCGUUGACCCCGAGAGCGGCAAGAAGCAUUCAAAGUUUGCCUCURUCAAGGACGUCAAGCUUCCUCUACUAGCACGCGACGCGCAGAAAGAGGGCGGUUCGACACCGGUUGAGAUCUCCAUUGGUCAGGCGGUUGAGACAAAGCUCGUCGAUAACGAGACGCUCGGCUACUUCAUGGUCCGCAUCUACCUCUUCAUGCAGAAGAUUGGAAUCGACAUGAAGAAGCUGCGGUUCCGUCAACACAUGGCAAACGAAAUGGCACAUUACGCUACCGACUGCUGGGAUUGUGAGCUGUUCACUUCUUACAAGUGGAUCGAGUGUGUCGGCUGCGCUGACCGAAGUGCCUACGAUUUGGAGGUUCACAUGAAGGRGACCGGCGUACCUCUCCAAGUCCGUGAGCCGUUGAAGGAGCCCAUCCGUAUCGAAGAGUAUGUUGCGCAGCUCGAUAAGAAGAAGUCUGGCCCGAAGUUCAAGAAGGAUGCCGGAAAGGUGCAAAGCGCGCUCGACGCUCUGACACAAGACAUCAAGGAGAAGCUCAGCAUCAGCAUGGAGAGCGACGGAAAGGUGGAAGUGGAGGUUCCAGAUAUGGGCAAGGUGCAGCUCGAGAAGGACAUUGUCACCAUCCAGAAGGAGGUGCGCACGGAGACAAUGCGGACUUACAUCCCCAAUGUCAUUGAGCCAUCGUUCGGAAUUGGCCGAAUUCUGUACGCCUUGAUGGAGCACGUUUACUGGGUCAGAGAUGGUGACGCUGCGCGAUCGGUCAUGUCCUUCAAGCCUACCGUCGCUCCUGUCAAGGUGUUGGUCGUUCCACUCCAGAAAGACGUUCGGUUCGCAGAUCUCUUGCAGAAGCUUGAGCAGCGUCUCAGCGACGAUGCGCUUUCCUACAAGGUCGAUCAGUCGGGCGUGAGCAUCGGCAAGCGCUACUCGCGCAACGACGAGGCCGGCAUCCCGUUCGGUAUUACUCUCGAUUACGAAAGCUUGGAAGACAACACUUUCACUCUUCGUGACCGCGACUCUACUAAGCAGGUUCGUGCCAGCCUGGAUCAGAUCCUCGAGGCAGUAAGCAAGAUGGUCAAGGGCAAGGAGACUUGGGCUGAGGUACAAAGCCGUCUGCCUGCGUUCGAAGGCAAAGCCGACAAGGACGAGGAGUAA